UACAAAAUGCACCUUAUUUGAAUUCAAAAUAUAUUGUUGUGUUACUUUGCUGAAAAGACAUAGAAAAUGAUCAUUUCAAAUAAGUAAGCAGUCAGUGUAUUGACAGACCGAACUAUGGAUGCUAUAUAAAUCGAAAUAUGUUUCAAUCUUGUGUAUAUGUGCUUUGGAAAUAAUUCAAUUAACGACUUUCUCUAUCUAUUGAAUGAAACAUUAGUCACUGAUAUCAAGUGCUAGACAUCGAUGGAGUAAUGUACAUUUUCAUCGUAUGAAUGGUUGUGUUGACGGUUGUGUCAUCCUUAGACAAUUUCGAUACGGGUGUUUUGUGAAAGGAUACUUAGGGCCUCAGACAGCGUAAUGUUACGGGCGGUGAGCGAGGAGGGGAUGUCGAGUGACGCGGACUCGGACGCCUGUGAGGAGCUGGACCGCCGUCCGCCGCCCCAGGACCCAUGUUACCGCUGCCGGAAGCGCGUCUACCCUGUGGAGAGGAUCGACGUGGGCGUACUCUUUCACAGGCGGUGUUUCCGAUGUCGCGUGUGCGGACUGCAACUGUCACUCCGGACGUUCCACUUCGACCAGGAGAAUGACCCGGAUGUCUACUGCAAGAACCACGUGCCCAAAUUCGUGGGGACGAUAGAUGGGGAGGCGCUCGGGGUCCGUACGGCGCUUAAUGCGCCAAAGGUUACGAAGAAUAAAGAGUAUCGGAGCAAUGCUUACAAUUCCGGAUGGCAGUUUGAGACGAACCACACGGACAACCCCCACCCUAAGGGUAAAAACUCCCGCACCUCUCUCGGAACAUACCAGGACUACGAGCGAUCGGGUAUAUUUGCACUGCAAUCGGCCCUGGAGAGCCAACAAAAGGUGGAGGAGGACGAGCUGUACGACACCAUUCGUCGGGAGAAGGAACAUAAACUCACAUCAAUAGAGCGUGAGUUAGAACUUGAGAAGGAGCGGUCAGUGCGGGAGAUGGUGGAUGCCUUCGAGCAGCUUAAGAAACACCGGGACGACGGAACACUCGAGCUAGAGAAACGGAAACUAGAGGCCCACUAUAGACGUAGGAAAGAGGAGAGGGUACGGUUGCUGAUGGAGAGGCUGAGCGCGGACGCCAAGGAGAGCGUCGCCCGUCUAAUCGAGAAACAUUCCCAGGAGAUGCUGGACAUGAUCUCUCAGAGACUCUCCGUUGGCGAGCCUUUAGAUGAGAGUAUCGAGAUGGAUGAGGACGUGGAUGUUGACGUCACAGACCGGAAGUCGAAGGAGAGGCCGCAGCCGCCUGACGUCUGUCCGCCUGAAGUGAAGCGCGCGCAGAUGUUCAAGUCGCCUUGCGAAUUUAAGCAAAUCGACGAUCAUGUUUUCAAUGUGGCCAAAAGGGAGCACCAGUCCUUCACAGACCUGGUGAAAAGUUUAACUGUCAACUGUGAGACUGACCUAGAAAAAGCUAGGACGAUAUUCCGCUGGAUCACAGUGAAGGACCUGAACAAGCUGGUUAUAGACGAAACCGUCAGCCCCGACUCCCCGUUCGGCCUGCUCCGGGGCAUACAGAUGGGCACCGAGUCGUACCAUGACCUCUUCAAGCGACUCUGCAGUUACGCUGGCCUGUAUUGCGAGGUAAUCCAAGGAUACUCCAAGGGGGCCGGGUAUCGACCGGGCAUGCGCAUUGAGGGGAACAAGUUCCGGAACUCAUGGACCGCCGUAAACAUCGCGGGAUCAUGGUGCUUCAUAAACUGUAACUGGGGUGCCCGACAUGUUAAGGGCCCGCAGUAUUCCGAUGAAGACGCCGCCGCCGACGACGGCCAUCCGCAGCAGUUUUUCUACAAGUGUGACGAGUUUUACUUUGUAACAGACCCUGAGGACCACAUUUAUCAACAUUAUCCGGACGAGCCGAAGUGGCAGCUACUGGAAUGCCCCAUCACAUUGACAGAGUUUAUUACUCUGCCGAUUGUUAAGUCACCGUUCUUCAACUACGGUCUCCGAUUCUCUGUCCACUACGACUGUAUCCAGUAUACCCAGAACGGGAUUGUCGUGCUGCAGUUGAAGCUUCCAAAGCUGUUAGGGUUUGGUUAUACUUUUGAAGCAAAGGACAAAUCACUCAGUGCUUCCAGACUGGAAGGCAGGAUCAUGCUAAGAAUCGCUGGACACAAUGCAAUUUUUACCAUAGCACCUCCAAAAUCCGGGCGAUAUUUCUUCACAGUAUACGCGAAGGAUGACUGGAACUCGGAAUCUCUACAAAGUGCGUGCGCGUUCAGAAUCAAAUGUGUGGAAAACAGAGACGUCAUUAAAAGCCCUUUCCCUAAAGUGCCUUUCUUUGGGCCGACGCCGUGUAUGCAGAGGUGCGGGAUGGUGCCAGAGACGCAUAUCGACCCUCUGAUUAACUGUAGCCACGAGGAUGUGGUGUGUUCAUUCAAACUUGAAGACCCUGAGGUUAAACUAAGCUCUACAUUCAAAUAUCAUGGACCGUGGGAGAAUGACAUUCCCGACUUUCAGCGUUACGUUUUUGUGAAGCAUCGCGAUGCUACGUCAGUGACGUAUCAAAUACGUUGUCCGUUGCAAGGCAAGUACGUUUUCACGAUUCUCGGCGAGACUGGACAAUGCGGAGAGGAUGGCUCCAUUUCCUACGACUGUUUGUUCAGAUAUUUGGUUGAAUGUCGGCAGCCGGGGAAAGACAAACGCCCUCUACCGAGGGCAUGUCAUCGUUGGCUUCAGGGGACGUUACUCGAACCAAUGACGGGCGACAUUCCGCUCGACCGUAAUGUCGCGUUCAGGGUGCGUGCGCCGCUCGCCAACGACGUAUCGCUGCUAAUCGGAGAUGUUUGGUUCCAUUUUAAGGAGUUGCAUGACAGUAUCUGGGAAGGAUCGGUCAACACAGGCACCACGCCGGGAAAGGCGAAGCUGUAUGCCAAGUUGGAUAAAGAACGUUCGAGGUUCUCACCUCUCAUCGAAUUUCAAGUUAAAUAAGGCUGUGACUUGAACGCAAUUAACAGUGGUGUUAUCACAAUCAUGCAGUAUUUAUAAUCAUAUUCUCUGUAUAAACAAUAAAGAUGUUAGAUUUC